CUGCACCAAAAGUUAAAGUCGAGUAAUGCUUAACAACCUAUGGAAAUUAUUACCGAAAAAUCCAUAUUUUCAGAAAGGUAUAUUGCAGCAAGUAGCGCUUUUCAUGUGUUUCUGUUUUGCAUGUAGUUUACAAGUUCGCUUUUGUGUACAUACAUUUCUGUCUGCAGCAAGAUUGGACGUGUAACAACUAACAGGGUGUUGUCCUUUCUUUGGAGCAACAGUUCCAAUUUUUCGGGUGCCAAUAAACUUGGUGUGGUACAUUUCUUAUGUGAUUGCCAGAUUCGCCCAAAACAGUGAAGCGCGCAGCUGGUUUUGACAGUGAAGUGGUUGUAAUUACAUAAAUGGGAGGGUAAGGAUGUUGUUUAUAUUACUACAACACCUACCCCCGUCGAGUAUUGCAGCAGCAGAAGAGGAAAGUAAGGUUGUUGUGGCUCUUGCCGAUGAAAUUCUUAAUCAUUGGAUGAAAGCUCAAGGCAUGAGAAAUCUUCCUUGUUGAUACUGUGACUUGAAAAUGAUGGAAGUGGCAAAUCCAAAUGUGGCUGAAGUGUGGGUAUUAGGGAAAGCUUUGAGCUGGUUGAAGACUCAUAAACUCUUUCGCCCUACGGUGGAGUCGGACUGUGUAGAAGCUCUCGAAGCAAUCCGAAGUGAUAUAAAGGUGUAGUCAUUUGUGUCUGUUGCCUUGAUGUUGUACACUCAUUUUUCUGCUUAUGAUUGCUCUGCAAUUGAAUUUCCAUAACUUAUAGACAAAUAAAUGUCGAUAAAUACUGAUUAACUGGCAGGCAUCAACCAUAUGAGCUGAAUUGCAGUUGAAAUGAGUGAAACCUGUCCAGAGUAAAAACAAAUUAAUAGACAACUCGCAAGCACUCUGUUGAAAACUUAGAGUAAAUAGCACUUUGCAUCCCUUAACUUAGGUCGUUUUCGCGAUACGGUCUCAAACUUUAAAUAAUUGCAAAGUGCAUCCCGCAGCUUUUAAUUUUUACAGAAAAUGCACCCGUUUGACUGUUUAACGUUAAAAUCUAACAGUCAACGUUAACGCGAGGGACAUAUCAGUAAUUCAAAAUUGUAAGUUUAAUUAAGCUGGAUUUAAAAAAAGAAAAUAAACAGAAGUAAAGUAUAAGCUCCCUCCCUCCGAAAUCGAUCACUACUUCCCCCCCUUUUCAAUCUCAGUCUCUAAACCCUAGAAUACCAAUCGUGUGCCAAAUGCGAGGUCGAUUAAGAGUUGUUGGUGGCGAUGGUGGAGAAAACACGAGUUGGGCUGAAGUUCCUGCGGAGUAUUGGAGUCGAGUUGCCGGUGAUGGUGCUAUUCCAGUAAUCCCUCAACCAAGCACGCCAUUGGUAGGCGAAAUACCACCGUAUGUUGGUACGUUUCUUCCUUCUACUGAUUACUUGCUGAUUUUUGCAUGCAUCAUUUCUAGGGUUUGAUAUUGUAUUGUUUAAACUGGUGGUCCCUUGUUUGUUGUCUUGUAUAUGUAAUAUAAUAUAGUGUUGUCCCCCCUAAGCUUACUUUUAUAUAGAUUGUGCCAUGUUGUUGUUAUUUUGAUUUUUUUUGUUUUAUAUGUAAUAUAUGUAGUUCUGUAUUUAUUUGUGUUUUCAGAGGAUUCGAAAUUUUUCACAAUUAAACUACACCACCAUGGGGACUUUGAUGAGAAUUUAAAUUCAUAUGUGGGUGGUGAAGUCAGUUACUUUGACAUGUGCUCACAGUUGGAGUUUGGUAUUGCUGAUUUGGAGUCUAUGUUGAAUGAAGUUGGAAUAUUUUUAGGAAAGUUCUGUUUGUGGUAUUGCAUUCCUAAUACAGAACUAGAUCAGGGGUUAUUACCAAUCAAAGACAAUGAUGAAGUUGAUUCAAUGAUUGUGCUUUUGUGCUACUCAAAAUGUAUGAAUUUAUAUACCACUGAUAAUGUGAUUGAUUAUGGGGCUGAUUUUGGGGAUUUUUCAAUGACACAAUACGAGGAGGAUGAAAGGGUUGAGAGGAUAGAACAAAUAAGAGAGGAACGUGAGUAUGGUGGUGAUGGUCAUGGUGAGGCAGAUGGAGAGGGUAUUGGUGCUGGUGGGGCUGAGGGUAAAUUGAAGAGUGAUGAUGAUGAUAAAGUUAGUUUUGAAGGUGAUAGUUCUAAUUUGGAUUCAACUGACAGUGAGGUUGAUACGCUCCCAAAGAAACAGAAAAAACCAAGGAGGAUUCCUCCUCCAAAUCCUCCCUAUAGGACAAGAAAGAGGGGCAGAUAUUCCAUGUUAAGGGGUUUGUUUAAAAACACCGCAGAUAAUCCUGUAGUGUUGGAUGAUUCUGGACCUGCUGGAAGUCAACCUAGUCAGGAAGAGGUUGUACAUGACCAAGGGAAGACUGAAACUACUGAAAAGAAAGGGAAGAAGGCAGUACCAAGGAAAAAAGUUACCAAACCUGAAGAAAAGAAAAAGAAGAGUGCCAAGCAAAAUGAAAGGAAGACUAUGAAGCAAAAUGAAAGGAAGACUGUGAAGCAAGAUGAAAAAAAGAGUGCCAAGAAAAAGGAAAAAGUUGAAGAUUUUGGACAAACAAAUGCAAGUCAGAUACUGCAACUUGAAGAAGAAGAAGAGAUUGAACAACUUAUUGCACAAGGGACAGUGGUAGGUGAAGAAGAAGAACAAACAGGAAGGAGAAACUACUGCAGCUGCACAGAGGAUUGUGAAGUGCGCCAAUUGCCAACAACUUGGACACAAUAAGAGGACUUGCACUGCUAAGGUACUAACUAUAUGUAAUUAUAUGCAGAUCUGUUAAGGUGCUAGUAAUUAUGUGCAGAUCUGUUGUUAAACAUGUAUUAUUUUACAGAAAGCUCAUGAACAACAAACCUCAGCUGGGCCUUCUAAUCCAUCUGCCGGGCCUUCUAAUCCAUCUGCUGCUUCAAAGACAAAUCCAUCUGCUAGUUCAAAUGCAAGUGCAAAUUCAACUGCCCCUUCAAAGACAACUACUAGCCAUGGAGGUAUAAUCAGACCCUUUAAGCCCCCAGCUGCAAUUUCUCGACAAAAUCCUUUAGGCGUGGAGCCAAUACCAGGGCAAAAGUUCACAUCUCUUAAGAAUUUGGAAGCAGCCAAGACCAAGAUGCAGAAAAAUAUGGGAAAGAAGAAUUAAGGGUUCUAUCUAUGUACUGCUUUUGACUCAUUUUGAGUGCUUUUCCUCGAAAAACUAUUUCCCCACUUUGCUUUCACUUGCUUUUGGUUUGUCUAUCUAUUGUAAACUCAGUCUGUGAUGAUGUUGGAUAAUGCUAUUUUGGAAUCUCUGUGUAAACUUUAAAUUAUUGGAUGUGAUCCACUUCUUUUUAACCACAUAUUUACUC